AUGGCCCCACUCGUGAAAGGUGGGCUACGUGGAGGUCCCAGAGGGACCACUGUUGGAGCUCAGUCAGUCACCCCUGAUAGCGACAACAACAGCCCAACGGAAACAUUGGAAUAUCGAGACAGUACAAUGAACAACCCUACAGGAAGCCCAGCUAUGGAAAAGCAAGUCAAGGGACUGAGGAGGCAAGCGAAGGCUCCUAGUACUGCAACAAACCAUGACAAUGUUUCGACAAUGGUCCCACUCGUGGAAGGUGGGCUACGUGGAGGUCCCAAAGGGGGCACUGUUGGAGCUCAGUCCAUUACCCAUGACAGUGACAACAACAACCCAACAGAAACAUUGGAAUAUCCUACAGUUGGGGCACGGACAGAAGCGCAGCAAGAAGCAGAUCAGCAAGUCACACAAGAAGAUCCACAGGAAGGCUUUGUGGUUGCUGCAGAGGCAACAAAUCCCAACCCUAACCCUACUGAUCCAAGUGAAGGUGACCACCCCGCAACAGAAGCUGUGACAGCCUACACUGUCAAUGAUCAUGGGAAUGAUCUGGAAGAACAACCUGAAGUUGUCGUUGCUGCCCCAUUUAAGGAAUCCAGAUUCUGGAGGGGCUUAGCUAUCUUGGCGCUGCUUCUUGCUAUUUUGGUUGGAGUUGUACUUGCCAUUGUCUUUACAAGGAACAAUGGAGAUGAUCUGGCUGCUGCUGGGUUAGGGCAGUCAGGCAUGGCAUUGUUUCCAAUGAUAUCUGCAUCCCCAACCGGAUUUCCUUCCAUGGUACCGACUUCUGAACCUUCCUUGGCCCCAACAAGAUCUCCUCUUCCAUCAAUGGCCCCAUCCACUGCUCCAACAGGAUUACCCACAGUGGACUUUUGUCACUUUGGCAUCAACAUGACCUGUGCGGAACUCUACUCUGGGGAACCCUGUGAGACUAUCUACCCUGAUUAUCCCACUGCAGAUGACUUCGAAAACUGUGAAAGUGAUCCAAUUGAAAUCCUAAUUUCAUACACAAAAUUGGAUUGCAUCAGCACCAACAACUUUCCAGGAUUUGAGCUUCUGCUUUCAUGUCAAGACUUCAAUGGGGGACCACCCAACCAUGAACAUGCUUACCUCCUUGUCACUCCCAUCCAAAACAACAGCAUCGUUUAUUUUGAAGGACCGGUUCGCCGUUUUAGGCUAUUUUCACUCCGGAAUCCACUGUUGGAGCCAAUCUCAGAAACUCUAAAUUUUUCUCUUUAUUCUGUCAACAAUGAUCAUUCAAGCACUGGAAUUCUCCUACAAGAAGUAAUCGUUGAGUUCUCCUGUUCAACAAGUAAACUGCAGGACUUCUACGGUGCAACACUGUUCAGCGCCAUGAGAAGCAUAGAACAAGGAUAUGUUUCAUCCAUUCAUGUAACCAACCCUUGGUUUGAAUUCAACUUCCGGCUACGUGUGGCCAAUGAAGGGGUCUCCUCAGCAAUCAUAACCCUUCUGACUCAAGCAACCAAUUUUAAACCAUUCUUUUUUAACUUCACUGAUUUGGUUGCAUCCAGUGAUGCCAAGGGACUGCUCCAUCCAGGUGAUGAAAUGGUUUUGGAAUCAAUCAUUUCUGUGGAACUAAACGAUGAGAAUCACUUUAAUUUCCUUACAACCAUCGCUGGCAUUUCAGAGGGUAACACAGCUUGCAGUCAGGUGAGCCUCCUUCAAGUCACUUUUGGGCGCCGACUUCCAAGUAUCUUUGAGUCAGAGGGUCCAUCCAGUACGCCCACAGGGGCACCAACAGGCUUUCCCAGUAUCAUUGAUGAAACAACUGCAUUUGACGAUGUGAAUUCAGGAAACUCCAUAUCUGACAAUUUUUGUGACAUUAAUGCGACCAUUGAAUGUGUUGGGAAAACUCUCCGUGGUGCUGAAGAAUGCAGCACACUUUUGGCAUGUCCUCAUCCUUUCCCAUCAGCACUGAACAUGACUUUUUCGGGGCAAAACUGUGGUGACACGUCAGAAUGCACCGACUUUUUCCAUGGUGUAGCCAGUGUUGAUCAAGCACUUGUAAUCAUACAAGUGCAGGACAGCCCGUUGCUGGAGCAAAAUGUCACAAAGGGUGAAGCAAUCAUGCUCCAGUCUGACUUUGGAUUGGGUCCAUCCAUCGACAUAUUGGUUCUGGACAUCAAUCGCACUCGACGUCUCCAGCAGCAACGACUUUGGACCUGUCCAACAGAUGAUGCAAUAGUGGACACUCCACAUGGGGCCUUCACGAUCAAUGCCAUCGCUCCGUCUAUUGCAAGGAGACCACUUGCAGCCAUCCAAGUGCAAGUCCGCAUUCGGAAUAAUAGUGGCAACAACGACAUUGCCAACUUGACAACAGCAACAGCCAGCACCCCAUCUGGCGACAGAAAUUUGUUGCCAGACCCAUUUGUUCUCGUUGCCCCAGGUGACGAUGUUGUGCUUCCUCUUUCCAGUGACCGAGUGGACGAUUGGAUUGCCAAACACCCCCACGGAAAUCUUACGAUGUGGUCAGCUGUGGUAUCUGGUGUCACCGAAGGUGGGCAGCGUUGCCGGGCCAGUGACUCUCUUCAAUUCUAG